AUGGAGGGCGACAGCGAGGGCCCCUGGGCGCUGGGGCUGCUGCGCACCUUCGACGCGGGCGAGUUCGCGGGCUGGGAGAAGGUGGGCUCGGGCGGCUUCGGGCAGGUGUACAAGGUGCGCCAUGUCCACUGGAAGACGUGGCUCGCCAUCAAGUGCUCGCCGAGCCUGCACGUCGACGACAGGGAGCGCCUGGAGCUCUUGGAGGAAGCCAAGAAGAUGGAGAUGGCCAAGUUCCGGUACAUCCUGCCCGUGUACGGCAUUUGCCGCGACCCCGUCGGCCUGGUCAUGGAGUUCAUGGAGACGGGCUCCCUGGAGAAGCUGCUGGCCUCGGAGCCGCUGCCCUGGGACCUGCGCUUCCGCAUCAUCCAUGAGACGGCGGUGGGCAUGAACUUCCUGCACUGCAUGUCCCCGCCGCUGCUGCACCUGGACCUCAAGCCCGCCAACAUCCUGCUGGACGCGCACUACCACGUCAAGAUAUCCGACUUCGGGCUGGCCAAGUGCAACGGGCUGUCCCACUCGCACGACCUCAGCAUGGACGGCCUGUUCGGGACCAUCGCCUACCUGCCUCCGGAGCGCAUCCGGGAGAAGAGCCGGCUCUUUGACACCAAGCACGACGUGUACAGCUUCGCCAUCGUGGUCUGGGGCGUGCUGACGCAGAAGAAGCCGUUUGCAGACGAGAAGAACAUCCUGCACAUCAUGGUGAAGGUGGUGAAGGGCCACCGCCCGGAGCUGCCGCCCGUCUGCAGGGCCCGGCCACGGGCCUGCAGCCACCUGCUGCGCCUCAUGCAGAGAUGCUGGCACGGGGACCCCCGCGAGCGCCCCACCUUCCAAGAAAUCACAUCGGAGACCGAGGACCUGUGUGAGAAGCCCGACGAAGAGGUGAAAGAGGCGACGCAGGACCUGGAUGUGAAAGACCCUCCGGAGCCCAAGACUGAGGCGCCCGUGUCCACGCCGCUCAAGCGAGCCUCGGCGCCGGCCUUCGACAAGGACUACAGCCUCUCGGAGCUGCUGUCCCAGCUGGACUCCGGCAUCUCGCAGACGCUCGAGGGCCCGGACGAGCUCAGCCGCAGCUCCUCCGAGUCCAAGCUCCCGUCGGCCAACAGCGGCAAGCGGCUGUCCGGCGUGUCCUCGGUGGACUCCGCCUUCUCCUCCCGAGGGUCCUUGUCCCUGUCCUUCGAGCGGGAGCCUUCCACUGGCGAUCUGGGCACGACCGACGUCCAGAAGAGGAAGCUGGUGGAGGCCAUCGUGAGCGGGGACACCAGCCGGCUGAUGAAGAUCCUGCAGCCGCAGGACGUGGACCUGGUGCUGGAGGGCGGCGCCAGCCUGCUGCACGUGGCCGUGGAGGCCGGGCAGGAGGAGUGCGUCAAGUGGCUGCUGCUCAACAACGCCAACCCCAACCUGACCAACCGGAAGGGCUCCACGCCGCUGCACCUGGCCGUGGAGAAGCGGGUGCGCGGCGUGGUGGAGCUCCUGCUGGCCCGCAAGAUCAGCGUCAACGCCGCGGACGAGGACCAGUGGACGGCCCUGCACUUCGCAGCCCAGAACGGGGACGAGGGCAGCACGCGGCUGCUGCUGGAGAAGCACGCCUCCAUCAACGAGGCGGACUGCGAGGGCCGCACGCCCAUGCACGUGGCCUGCCAGCACGGCCAGGAGAGCGUGGUGCGCAUCCUGCUGCGCCGGGGCGUGGACGUGGGCCUGCAGGGGAAGGACGCCUGGCUGCCGCUGCACUACGCCGCCUGGCAGGGCCACCUGCCCAUCGUCAAGCUGCUGGCCAAGCAGCCGGGCGUGAGCGUCAACGCCCAGACGCUGGACGGGAGGACGCCGCUGCACCUGGCCGCCCAGCGCGGGCACUACCGCGUGGCCCGCAUCCUCAUCGACCUGCGCUCCGACGUCAACCUCUGCAGCCUGCUGGAGCAGACGCCCCUGCACGUGGCCGCCGAGACCGGGCACACGAGCACCGCCCGGCUGCUCCUGCACCGGGGGGCCAGCCCGGAGGCGGUGACGGCCGAGGGCUGCACCGCCCUGCACCUGGCUGCCCGGAACGGGCACCUGGCCACUGUGAAGCUGCUGGUGGAGGAGAAGGCCAACGUGCUGGCGAGGGGGCCCCGGAACCAGACGGCGCUGCACCUGGCGGCGGCCGGCGGGCACUCGGAGGUGGUGGAGGAGCUGGUCAGCACCGACGUGCUCAACCUGCCCGACGAGCAGGGGCUCAGCGCGCUGCACCUGGCCGCCCGCGGCCGGCACGCCAAGACGGUGGAGACGCUGCUCAAGCACGGGGCACACGUCAACCUGCAGAGCCUCAAGUUCCAGGGCGGCCACGGCCCCGCCGCCACGCUGCUCCGCCGGAGCAAGACCUAG